AUGUGGAUCGGCAACGGCGCGGGGGACGCGCCCAUGCAGCCGACGGAGCAGAGCAAGAGACCCAGAACGGAGGAUCCCACGGCGAACCACAAGAAGCUCGUCGGCAUGAUGGAGAACUUGGACUACCGUCUGCGCCAGCUCGAAGGUGCCACGCCGUGCUUCUUUCUGCCUCUGGAGGGAUGCGGACUGGCCCAAGCCAUGCAGGCUGCAGCGGCCUACUACGACGGGCGCAGCCCCGGCAAGGGCAAACCGCAUCCGGACAAGCAUCGCAAGACUCUAGCAGCAGCCCUCGUGAAGUUUGCGGCAGAGCGCGAGUUGCAGCGACUUUCUCAGGACGAGCAAGCAGCCCUGGCCCAGACGGACAAGCUUCUUGCAGCAGCGCGCCGGCCGUCCCUCGCGGAGCAGCACGAGAUGCUCAAGCUGAUGUUCCCCCUCAUGCACCGUCGGCCAGCGCCCGCUGUAGCGGAGGCAUGA